CUCACCACUCAGCUGUAAAAAAAAAAUAGCACCCAAAUGCUCUCCCGUCUCCUGCCGCGCCGCCACCACCGUCGCCUCUUACAAACCCUACAAUCGGCGGCCGCCGCGUGUGAACUCCACCAGAGGCCGUGCUCUACCGCGGCGGCAUCGAGCCCUAGCCUGUCGAUAUGGCGGCGGAAGAAGGAGAUGGGGAAGGAAGGCCUCAUGGCGGUGGGGCAGCUCAAGCGGCUGGCGGCGCUGCCUCCCGCCGGAGGCCACCCGCGGCUGGAGCAGUACAUGCUAUUGCACGUCUCUCGGCUCCUCCGCACCGACCUCCUCGCCGUCCUCUUUGAACUGCUGCGCCAGGACCACGUGCUUCUCUCCAUGAAGAUAUACGGCGUUGUGCGGAAAGAGAUCUGGUAUCGACCCGAUAUGUACUUGUACCGAGACAUGCUGCAUAUGCUAGCUAGGAACAAGAAGAUCGACGAGACAAGGCAGGUGUGGGCAGAUCUGAAGUCUGAAGAUGUGCUAUUUGAUCAGCACACCUAUGGCGACAUCGUAAGAGUGUUCUGCGACGCUGGCCUGAUAGAUCUGGCGAUGGAGUUUUACGAAGACAUGAGGAGCUCCCCUGAGCCGCCCCUCUCCUUGCCGUUCCGGGUUAUACUGAAAGGCCUGAUCCCAUAUCCGGCGCUGAGGGAGAAGAUAAAACGAGAGUUUCUGGAGCUUUUCCCUGAUAUGAUUGUGUAUGAUCCCCCAGAUAGCUUAUCUGAUAUAGAUGAGGAAUUCAGAUUUUGAUUCAGUGUAUGCAUAUACUUCCUUCCUGAAGCUACUAUCAAAGAUCUAAGUUACUCGCUGCUCAGGCUCAGGUAGUGUUUGCUCUCUGCGUUGUAGCCGAACCUCCAUUUGUCUCAGGCUUUUGACAGAUGAGAUCAUUUGUUGAUCAUGCCAGUUUCUUUCUCAUUUGACCCAAGAACUGAGGAUCACUGGUUUUCCCUUCGUGGCUUGUUUGGGCAGGAAGGGAUUAGAAACUGGGUGUUUAGUUCAACUUA